AUGCAAUGGGCCGCCACUGUUAUUUACUCCAUUCUGUUUCUGCCUGUGUGGCCUGUGGCCCUGGCGGUGCUGAUGUGGAUAAGGAAACGCCACAAGAAGAAGCACCCGCAGCAAGAGCAGGAUCAGCCGCAACCGAUACCAGGCACUGAGCAUGAUAAGGGAAAGGGCAAGGGCAAGCAACUUGCUGAUGAUCCUCCUGGUCCGGAACCGCUGAUGGGGGGAGCAAUCGAUCCUCCACUGGAACUGCCUGAAAUUGUCAUCACUCCAGCAUUGGAUCAAUCACUGGAUCUGUCGACUAUUGCAGGACCUUCGAGACUGCCUACUAUUGCAGGGCCGUCAAAAGAGCCUCCAGCACCAGAAAGACCUCUUCCUCCACCCCCUGCAGAAGCAUCCUCGUCACUGCAUGUACCAAGCCUUGUCCCAGGACGCUCGAUGGCACCUGACGCACCGGAACGACCUCCUCCUGCACCUCCGGCGGAAGCAUCAUCGUCGAAGAAGGUGCCAGAACCUGCACCGGAGGGGUCUGCAGAGGCAUCCUCGUCAAUGGAUGUAUCAACCCCUGUACCAGAACCCUCGAGAGCUCCUCCUGCACCUCCUGCAGAAGCAUCGUCGUCGAAGGAUGUGCCAUUCUUUAUUCCAUGGCAGUUUCUUUGA